AAGACAUUUAAAACACUUACAAAGCAAUAUUCAUUCCAUCUCCCAUUUUCUCAUCAAAGCUUGAUUUGCUAGCUUGAGAUAUGGUUCAAUUGGCUUUCCUCUUUGGCCUUGGAGGCAACAUUGUCUCAUUCAUGGUGUUCCUUGCACCAUUGGCAACAUUUUACAAGAUAUACAAGAAGAAGUCAUCUGAAGGGUUUCAAUCGAUUCCCUAUGUGGUUGGAUUAUUCAGUGCAAUGUUGUGGAUGUAUUAUGCUUUCCUCAAAUCCGACACCACUCUUCUCAUUACCAUCAAUUCUGUUGGCUGUGUUGUCCAAACCAUAUACAUCAGCUUCUACCUGUUUUAUGCAACUAGACAAGCUAGGAUUCAAACGGCAAAAUUACUCCUUGGAUUGAUCGUGGUGGGAUAUGGUUUGAUCAUUGUCCUAACUCAAUUACUCUCAAAGGGCCAAGCCCGUGCUGAAAUUGUUGGAUGGAUUUGCCUGGUCUUUGCAUUAUGUGUCUUUGUUGCACCUUUGGCUAUUGUGAGACAAGUUAUAAGAACCAAAAGUGUGGAAUACAUGCCAUUUCUCUUGUCACUCUUCCUCACCUUAAGCGCCGUGAUGUGGUUUUUUUAUGGUCUUCUUCUCAAGGAUUUCAAUAUUGCGAUUCCAAACAUCCUCGGGUUCUUCUUCGGAGUCCUUCAAAUGAUAUUGUAUUUAAUUUACAAAAACAAGAAGAAAAUCGUCGAGCCGACGCUCCCGGAAAUUCAAACACAGAUCAUAGUGCUGGAGGAACACAAGCUCCCUGAAUUGCAAGAACAGAUUCUGGAUGUUAUCAAGUUGAGCGCGAUUGUUUCAUCCGAAAUUCAUCCAAUGGUUCCUCCUCAAAUUAUUAUUCCCAUGAACCCUAAUGGUGAUGGCAAAAAUGGUGAUGAGAACAAGAUUCUGGCUGUUCAGGUCAAGGAAGCUGCUUCAAACUGAUGAAAUUUGGUAGUUGAUAUAUCUAAUGUUAGUGCCUAAUUAAUUAAACCUAAUCCAGCACUAAAAAAAUGAAGUGCUUUAGUAUUUGUGAUGAAUUGUUUCUUUGAAUUUUAUCUCCUCCUCUUUUAAUCAAUUGUAAUAUGUUAAAAUUUCUCUUGUUAUUAACUAAUUAUUAUGAACAAGUGGUUUCCGAU